AUGACUAGGAGUGGCUUGUGUGCUAAACCAGCUAGGUUACUUUAUGUGGAUGGAGGCUAAUUAGCUAAUCAACAGAGAUUUAAGGAAUUACGUAAAUUCUCGCUACAAUUCGGCAUGCUCCUUAAACAUAAACUCGUGUCACAGUGAUGUGCCAUGGGGUACGACGUCACCAGGUUCCAAGGGGAGGUGGAUGAAGACCUGCUGUGUCCCAUCUGCAGCAUGGUGCUGGAGGAACCAGUGCAGGCGCCGCACUGUGAGCAUGCCUUCUGCAACGCCUGCAUCACCCAGUGGUUCAGCCAGCAGCAGAACUGCCCUGUGGACCGCACCGUGGUGACGCUGGCCCACCUCCGUCCCGUGCCCCGGAUCAUGCGCAACAUGCUCUCCAAGCUCCAGAUCGCCUGUGACAACGCCGGCUUCGGCUGCACGGCCACGCCGCGGCUUGAUCAGCUGCAGUCUCACCUGAAGGACUGCGAGCACAAUCCCAAGAGGCCUGUCAGCUGUGAGGAGGGCUGCGGGCUGGAAAUGCCAAAAGAUGAGAUGUGCAGCCACAAUUGUAUCAAGCACUUGCGUGGUGUGGUCCAACAGCAGCAGACCAAGAUCUCUGAACUGGAGAAGAACGCUGCAGAGCACAAACACCAGCUAGGAGAACAAAAACGGGAUAUCCAGCUGCUAAAAGCUUACAUCAGAGCAAUACGCAGCGCCAAUCCGAAUAUGCAGAACCUGGAUGAGAGCAUUGAGUACAAUGAGAUCCUCGAAUGGGUCAACUCCCUCCAGCCUGCACGGGUGACACGCUGGGGCGGGAUGAUCUCCACGCCAGACGCAGUUCUCCAGGCAGUCAUUAAGCGUUCCCUUAUUGACAGUGGCUGUCCGCUAUCCAUCGUCAAUGACCUGAUCGAAAAUGCCCACGAGAGGAACUGGCCCCAGGGCCUGGCCACGCUGGAGACCCGGCAGAUGAACCGACGUUACUACGAGAACUACGUGGCCAAGCGUAUCCCGGGGAAACAGGCAGUGGUGGUGAUGGCCUGUGAGAACCAACACAUGGGGGAGGACAUGAUCUUAGAGCCAGGCCUGGUCAUGAUCUUUGCCCAUGGGGUGGAGGAGAUCUUAUAGGAAACCCAGGGGGACCUUUUAUUUACCCAACACCAUGAUUGGGAAGGGGGUGGUGUCUAGCAUGGCAUAGAUUGCAAGCCUGACCUUUGAUCAGUGAGUUAUGUAUCUUCAAAAAAAAUAAGUGGCUUCUCAAUUGAAUGAAAAUUGUAACCGAGUGUAUUACUCAGUAAAAAUGGAUAUGUAGAUUUCAGAAAAUGAGUUGGGGCAGUGGAAGAUCUGAUUGGCUCCUACAAAUACCAGAAGAGAAGCAUUACUUACAGGUUACUUACAAAAUAAAGGAAACGCCAACCAUAAACAAGAAUCACAUUCGUUUCCACAUUAACACAAAACUGGAAUUUGACAUGUUGAAUAGGUGCUGCUAUAAUUAGAAUUUUUUAGAAAAAGGACAGAUGUAUUAUGGCCAGUUUAUGGUGACCACAGCAAGGGGAAAGAAGUUGUACAAUUGGCUGUUGGUUCUGGCACAUGCCCUAAGCCAUAUCUGCCAGAAUGCAGUUUGAAAGUGGAUGGGAUUGGCAAUUUUUACUUUCCUGGACGUGUGCAGAUCCUUGACAUGGGGCAGGAAUCAGGCAGAAUGACCUGCACAGACCCAGUGCCAGGGCCAAACCAGCUUACCAGACAGUGAUGCAAAGAACACAAAGAACCUAAACAGUAUUGUCUAUGAAAGUUGCUCCAACUGGCGCAGAUGCUACAUCCUGUAGUAAGCCUUAGUCUGCUCUGUGGUGAUGUCCUCCCACUUUAGGCUGUUAGAGGGUAUGAUCUUCAAGGAUUGACUUGGCCAUGCUGAUGACUGAGCCAUCUGUUUCAAAUGGGAAGGAAUUUUGACAUUGUUGAGUUCCAGAUUGUUAAUAGCACCAGGCCAUCAAGCAGUCAACCUCUCCGUUGGACAUGGAGUCGUUGGUGUAGAGUAGGGGUAAAAGCAUGCAUCCUUCCAGUACCCUUGUGCUGAGGGAUGGAGAUUGUUGAUAUAUAUUUUGCCAUCUUCAUCCAGAGGUUUUCUUUUUGUCUGGAUGUCCAUAAUCCAUCACACAGAUGGUGUUGGGUACACUCAACUGGGUGAGUGAGUUUAUACUCCAACAGCACUUGGUAGAGCUGAAGUCUGCAAAGUAUUCUGGUGUAAGACUGGUGGAGGUGUAGUCGGUUUGGAGGGUUACCUUUUUGCGACCAAGAUAAUGGUGGAAUAUUUCAAACGGCCAGGUAUAUUUCAAUGGACUGACUGAACUGGUUAGUGAAAUUGGGGGAAGCUGGUUGGUGUAAUGUUUUUAUUUGGUAGUUGGGGGUUGUCUGAAGUGGCUGUUUUUUGUGUCUCUUCAGAGGGUGUUGGGCAACAUGCUAAGGUGCUUUAAUGCACCUUAGCAUUUAUUCUGCAAGUAUCUGGAACUCUAUUGGAGGGAUGUAACACAAUCUUUCCACAAGAGAUAACAUAAUUUGGUGUUUUUUUUUAUGGUUUUGGAACUUCAGAGUCUCAUCUAAGUGUUCAUCAGCGUUGAAAACGGGUGACAGACGGCCAUUGCAUAUCAUGAAAAAUCAUCAAGUUGAGUAGUCUUUGUUACUGAUCUUUCUGUCAAAUAUACCUGAACAAUGACCCCUCUGUCAAAGUUGCUAAGAUGUUUUCUUUUAGCCAUGGUAAACAAAAUAGGGGGUGAGUAGACCUGCCCUGCAUGUCCUUAAGCUCAUGGGAUAUUCAUUUAACACAUUUGUUUGUAUCACCCAUUUACCAAGUGUUUCCUUUAUUUUGGCUGCUCCCUGUAUAUACAGGCUUAUUUAAUAUCUUUGCCUUAAUAGGACAUUUCUAAAAAUACACCUAACAAAUAAUACCCAGGAUAUUCUUAGGUGGAAUGUUUACAAGAGUCACAAUGUGCUAUAAAAAGCUAUGUUGGAUUUUCUCCUAGGCUUCUCUAUAUUCCCCCAUCCUAUGCCUUCUAUUGUGUACAUAGAUUAGAAUUCAAAAAUCAUGUAAAUACAAAUAUUAUAUUGAAAAGAAUAUACAACUUCUCAAGACAAUGUGAUUUUUGUCAGAUGGCAUCAAUAUGUUUCAAGAUGGGGCCUCUGGAAAUGACUUGCUUGCUUCUGAAUUAUGCUUUUUGUGAAUGUCAUAAUGGGUCAUGAUAAUGUAUUGCUUCUUGGUUUUUUUGUGCCAUGCAUUUUUAUUUAUUUAAAGAUUUGGCUACUUGAUGUUUUAGUUUUCUGGUAAAUAUUUGUCAUUGCCUCUGUUGUACAUAGUAAAAAGUAAGUGGGUCCAAUUGAUGUUGAACGAAUGCAAUGUUAGAUUGUGUUGCUGUUUUUAAUGUAAUCAUGGUUAAGGCUUGUUUGUGUGGAUGUUAAUAGACAAUUAAUUAUUUUUAGCAAACUAUUUUAUCAGACUGCUUUGAAUUACUGAAUGGGACUUAAUCCAAAGACAAACAGUUGAAAAAAACAUGACAUCUAACGUCAAUUAUACUUUGUUAGUCACCAUAAUGUAGAUCAAUUUGGAUUUUGAAUAUUUCUAAGUUUCUAUUUUUCCACUUAUUUUUUUAUAUCACUUGUGUUAU